AUGACUUGCGUCCGGCCCAGCGUCAAGUGCCCGGCUCGGACUGAGGACGUCCCGUACUGGUGCCCCUCUCCAGAGGCGAUCGUAGAGUCGUGUGCGCGGCACGAGUACGUGUCCCCGGCGGCGAAGCGGCCCAAGGACGCGCCAUGCGGCGGCGCCAUGUACAGGGACUUCCUGGGGCGGUGGCAGUGCGGCGAGGGCGAGUGGAGGGAGCCUUGCAGGCCGGGCUACAACCAGACCGGCGCGGACGGCACCUGCACCCAGGCGUGCCCGCCGUGGCUGGUGGACUGCGGCCGCUUCUGCGCGUCGCCGAGGGCGGGCUGCGACACGCCCCCGCGGGACCUCUGCCAGCUGGGGGCCCUCAACGGCUGCACCACGCCAGACAGGGCCCAAUCGAUGCUAACCACUGCAUGCGUGGCCGAGGGCUACCGCUCAACGGAGAACUGCCCCCUGGCCCUGCACCUGCACGGCGGCUGCGGGGGGUCGCGGCUCAUGCUGGCCAGCGGGCUGCGCGCGCAGGGCAACGUUGUACGAUUAGAGGCUUGGUGGGAGGGCGGCCGGCGCGCGGCAACGGCGGCAGGGGCGAUGGCAAGCCAGCGGCAUGGAGGGGCGCCUCAGGGAGGCGAUCGGCGGCGCCUACUAAUGAGCGACGCGCAGCAGCAGCAGCUCGUGCAGCAGCAGCAGCGGCAGCAGCAGCAGCAGCAGCGGCAGCAGCAGCAGCAGCAGCAAGAGGAGACGCGCCUGGUGAACUUCCUGCCGCACACCCAGAUGCCGACAUUCAGAGAGCCGAAGGAGACGGUCCUGGUGGCCCUGCGCAUCACCUUUGCGCGCGGGCUCUCGCAGGUCCUGGGCAAUGAGACGGCGGCGCUGGCGUCCUCGCCGCGCGCGAGCUACGCGUUUUCGGACGGCGAGGCCAUCGAGCGCCUCACGAUCUGGAGCAGCGAGCGGUCGCUCGACGGCGCCGCGGUGACGCCGCUGGUCGGCGGGCUCAGCUUCACGACCAGCAGCAGGGGCGCCUUCAUAGCGGGCGAGCCGCCGAGCGGGCCGCCGCUGGUGCCGGUGGCGCGGCCGGCGGCUGCGGCCGGCAGCGGCGGCACGGCUUCGGCUUCGGCGGCGGCGGCAGCGGCAGCGGCGGCGGUGGAUCCGGAUCGGUUAGACCUCGCGCUCGUAGGUGGCAGCAACAUCACGUUGUCCGGCGCCGCGCUGAACGGCGGCGUGCUGGUCGGCGCAGGCGCGUUCACCAGCGGCAGCGCGCUCAACGCGCUCGGGUUUGUGUUCAUGCGCGGCGGGGGGCGGGACAGGACGGAGCUGUGA